UGUUAAAGAUCAACAUCUAAAUAUUUUAGAAGAUCGUCGGAAUGGAGGAAAACCAGGCGAUGAUGAGCAGAGCUGAAUUACACAGCAUGAUUGCACAGUUGGAGGAGGCAGAGCUAAAAUCCGGCUCGAAGCCGGCAACAGAACUCUCCGGUAUCAGAACGAAUCCUGCCGAAAUAUCACGGAAGAAACCUGGACUGACCCAAGAAGAUAAACAACUGUCAUGGAGGCUGACAAAAACAGAAGCGAGACUUAGUCAAAGUGAAGACGAGAACAAGAGACUGAGAGAAGACUUGAAGGAAAUGCUCGACUCGAACACAGAACUGCAGCAGAUCAUUGUGUCAGACGACAGCCCACUUUGUCCACUUAUACAGAACGAGAGUUAUGGAAGUAGAUCAUCUAUAAGACGAGUAUCUGUCUCCACAGAGACCGAGAGUGAAGAUUCUGACUCGGGUACAACACAAUCUCUUUACUCUAGACUGACCAAAGCUGAACGGGACCAAGAACGACUUCAACAAGCAUAUGACAUUCUUGAACAAUCGUACAAAGACCUGUUGCUUCGUCUCCAACAGUGCGAAGAAGAAAAUAUCUUAAAUAAACGAAAUAACGACAUAAACCAUACAAUAGAAAUUGACAGUGAUUCUGGUUUGGUGCUAUCCAAUUUGAAAGAGUUGGAGACAGAACAAAAUGAGCUCAAGGCGAGUACGGUUAAACUUGGACGUGUUUGUGAACAGCUUAAUGAUAGAAUUGACGUGUUAUAUAACGAGAAUGUCGAUAUUAAAACACAGAAUGAUACACUGACGAGACAGAACAAAGAAUCCAUGAAUGAGAAGGAGAAACGAAUAAAAGAAAUCGAGGCGUUGAGAAAUGAAUUGAAUAAUAGUAAAGAUGAAAACAAACGAUUGUCGGACGAGAUAAGAAGGUUUACUCAACAACAGCAAAAGAGAAAGGACACUGGUAGCAAGAAAGAUCUUACAAAUAUUGAGCAAGAUUUAUCUGACAUGAAACAAAAAUACGAGGAGGCCAAUAGAAGGUUAAAAGAACUGACCACACCAAAACAUUUACAGCAAACAAAGAGCCUCGAUUUAAAUUUAACCACACCCACUUCAUUGGCAGAAAAGUUCAGGAAGGAAUUAUUUGAACAGCAUUGGAAACAAGCAUUUGAUAAAAUGACGAAGAAGUUAAAGAAAGAAGAGAAAAAGACGAUACACGUGCUGGGAGAAAUUUGCACGGAGGCGUAUUUGUUUUGUAAGCGAGCGUCCAGGAAUCAGAUCGAGACGGUGGCCUCAGCACUCCUGUCCCCAACAGCCAAUCACUACAGGAGUAACCAGUUACCUAAAAGACACACACCACCCAAAUCUCUUCAUGAGCAUUUACCGGAGGAACUUAGACGUCGUCUGCUACACUAUAGAUGUAGACCUUCACAAGACAUGUUGAACACUGGAGUUAAUGUAAGCUUCUAUUUUCUGUUAUAUACCAGUCACCCGCUAUCCAAGAUGUCCGACCCACCGAUGUAUUUAUUGUUUAAAGUGAAACACGGGUUCGAAAUUGACAAUGAAAAGUUCGACAGAUAUCAGGCACGGGGUAAACGGGUUGAUUACGUCAUAUGGCCUGCAGUUCUUACAGAAGAGGGUGGCGCUUGUGUUCAAAAAGGAAUGAUUUACGCGUUACCAGAGCGAGGUUAA